UGGUGAGUGGGGUAGAAAAUGUCCCAGGAUCAGUGGGAUAGGAGGAGGAAUAGUGCCCCAUCAUUGGUGUCAGUGGCAGGAAUAGUGCUCCAUCAUUGGUGUCAGUGGGAGGAAGAGUGCUCCAUCAUUGGUAUAAGUGGGAGGAAUAGUGUUCCAUCAUUGGUAUUAGGGGGAUAAUUAGUGCCUCAUCAUUGGUAUCAGUGUGAGAAAUAGUGCCCCAGCGUUGGUGUCAGUGGGAGGAACAGUGUCCCAUCAUUGGUAUCAGUGUGAGAAUAGUGCCCCAUCAUUGGUGUCAGUGGGAAGAAUAGUGCCCCAUUAUUGGUAUCAGUGGGAGGAAUAGUGCCCCAGCAUUGGUGUCAAUGGGAGGAAUAG